AUCGGACCGAAGGAGACAUUCGAGAAGGUGGCUUAUCACCCGGAUUACGCUUUCUUCCCAUCCAUGCGCAAGCGUGGCAUGGGAAGUGAUUGAUGCCCGCGUGAUGUUACCUUUCGGAGGAACACCUGGGCGAGCACAACAUUUCACCCAUAUCCCUUCUCAGCGCUAUCUCCGAAUGUCCUUCCAACCAGAUGUAGAUCAGAUCAUUCAUACUUCGUCUUCAAGAUAUAAUCUUUGACGCCGUCAACUUCUAGCGACUGCGUUUAUCGCGAUCUAAACUUCCACGUCUUACAUGCGCUAGAACCUUUUCCUCUACAGAACUGUGAGCUCGGGAUAUCAAAGCUCAACAUGGCCACCCAAAAUCCGGGCGGCAACCUCGGUGGUCCGCCCAACAUUCCCGUCGCCGACGAGCCAGGUUCCGCCUCACGCAAAGCUUCCACCGCCGGAGCUGUCAACACCCAUGGUCACAACACAAUCUAUCUCGACACGAGCGUGACGUUCGAGGCGUACCAUUUCUGGGCCGAGCGCGCGCGCGAGGAAGAAAAGCACUUCGAAACGGUCGGAGCAACCACUCAGAUCAAAGAAGUAUUUUCGCGCGCCGAGAAAAAAAAGAAGCAACAGCAGCAGGCGAUUGACGCUGCGCCUACAAACGCUGUCGAAAAAUCCACCUCGUCGCCUAAUGCCGACAACGAAUCGGAUUCGCGCUUCGGAGUCACCACCAGCGAGUGGGAACAUGCAAACCGUGCCGCGCGCACCGCGACAUGGGUCUCCAUCUUCUACCUCAUCGCGACCGAUAUUCUCGGGCCCUAUUCUGUCCCAUGGUCACUAGCACAGAUGGGUCUCGGACCUGGCAUCACUUUAUAUGUGGUUUUCGCAGGUUUCGCGGCCUACUCAGGUUUCCAGCUUUGGUGGCAAUUCACCGGGCUCGACUCGCCCAAAUAUCCUCUGCGCAACUAUGGAGAUCUCGGAUUCCGUGUCUACGGAAAUUGGGCACGCCAGCUCAUCAAUGUGCUCCAGAGCUGCCAAUUCUUCCUCAACGUGACCUUGCUCAUCGUUAGUAAAGGACAGGGGUUGGCACAAAUGGCUCGAGGCGCGAACCGGCAAGGAUUUCUCUGCUUUGUGGUUGCUCAGCUCAUUUUCAUGCUGCUGGGCUUCUUACUUGGCCAGAUUCGGACGCUCCAGCGCCUUGGUUUCCUUGCCAAUGUGGCGGUGUGGUUGAACAUUUUUGUUAUCAUUAUGUCUAUGGUCGUCAUUCCUGUCUAUGGACCUAAUGAAGAAGCUGCAGCCGCCCAAUCUGGUGUGGCUAUCGGAGAGGCUAUCCGAGUUGCGAGUUACUGGCCAGAAGGCUCGGGUGUGACGGAUCGCAUUAAUGGUCUGAUGAAUGCGGUAUAUGCGUACGGUGGAGCCACGUUAUUUGUCGAGCUGAUGGCCGAGAUGAGACGACCAAUGGACUUCUACAAGGGUUUCAUCUGUGCGCAAGUCUUCAUUUUCGUCGUGUAUAUCACGAUGGGAAUUGUGGUCUACUCAUUCCAAGGCCAAUACACCUUCAACCCUGUAUAUCAGGGUAUCCCAAAUGCUGCAUACGCAUGGCAGACCGUCGGAAAUGCCGUCGUCUUGAUCAGUGGAUUGAUCGCUGCUUUAUUGUACGGAAACAUCGGUAUCAAGGUCUUCUACGCGGCCGUGCUCCGUGAUGUCUUCCGCUUCCCGCCGCUCGAAACCAGGACAGGAAAGAUCACCUGGAUCUUCAUGGUACCGAUUUACUGGGCCUGUGCCUUUGUCAUAGCCGCUGCCGUCCCACAAAUCAGCCAGCUUGGAGCAUUCGUCGGCGCCGCCUUCAUCCUCCAAUUCUCCUACACCUUCCCGCCGAUCCUGCAAGUCGGCUACAACGUCCAACGCGACGCCAUCCUCCCCGAAGAGGUCUUCGACCCGGCCACCGGCCAAUCCCGACGCGUCGAUGGUGGUCUCAGACGUAUUUUGCGCGGAUUCUCUAAGCAACUUUUCCGAAAUACGUUUGAUUCCUUGUAUUUCAUCUGUGCGCUUGCCACGGCCGGUUUGGGCAUGUAUGCAGCGAUCAUUGGCAUGACGGAGGGUUUUUCGAAGGGCACGGUGAGGAGUUUCUCUUGUCAAAGCCCAACGGGGAGUUAGAGGGUGCUUUUCUUUGGGAGGUUGGAUAAGAUGGGUGGUAGAUGGCAUUUUGGGAUAUAUGAUGAUGCGAUUUGAUAUCUUAUUAUUUACAUCCUUGGAUGAUUGCUCCUAUUCUUUAAAGAGAAAUCGUUCGUGCUCAACAACUUCACGAUCGCGGCAGUCCUCACACCAUGGCGACUACAUCAGCACUUUAAUUGAGCGGCGCGCUAAAGUAGCAUGGAGAGGAGGCAUGUGCCACUCCACGCCAACGAAAAUGGGAAUGACCGUAUUACUCUGCCUUGAAAUUCCUCUCAGACCGACAAUACCUAGGUAGUAAUCAAUCGAG